GUGUCACAAGAAUUAAUUAAAGAUGACAAAAUUCAUGGCUUUUAAUUCAUUGGUUUUGGUGAUUAUUGCAACAAUUGCAUUUGAUUCAUUAUUAGUGAAUGGAAAAAUAUCAAGUAGUAUGUAUGUCAAUUGGGGUUCUCAUCAUUGUAAAAUGAUAGGGGAUGAUCUUCAACUUGUUCUUGAUAAAUCAGCAGGCUCUGGUGCUCAAUCAAAAAGAUCAUUUCUCUUUGGUAGCUUUGAAAUGCUUAUCAAGUUAGUACCUAACAACUCUGCUGGAACUGUCACAACAUACUAUCUAUCUUCUAUCGGCACAAAGCAUGACGAAAUCGACUUCGAAUUUCUAGGAAAUAUAUCAGGACAACCUUAUAUUAUACACACAAAUAUUUAUACCCAAGGUGUUGGAAAUAGGGAGCAACAAUUUUAUCCAUGGUUUGAUCCAACUGCUGAUUUUCACAAUUACACUGUUCAUUGGAACCCUAAUGUUGUUGUAUGGUAUAUUGAUGGUAUUCCAAUUAGGGUAUUUAGAAACUACCAAUACAAAGGAAUUCCAUUUCCAAAUCAACAAGGUAUGAGAGUGUAUACAAGUCUAUGGAAUGCUGAUGAAUGGGCAACAAGAGGUGGACUUGUUAAAAUUGAUUGGACAAAUGCACCAUUUAUUGCAAGAUAUAAAAAUUUUAGACCAAGAUCUUGUUAUUAUAAUGGCCCAUUAAGUAUUGUUCAAUGUGCAAUUCCUACAAAAUCCAAUUGGUGGACUUCACCUUUAUACAAUAAAUUAAGUGCAUAUAAAGUUGGUGAAAUGAAUUCAAUUAGAAGUAAGUAUAUGAUUUAUGAUUAUUGCAAAGAUGUGAAGAGAUUCAAAGGAGUUAUGCCUAUUGAGUGUUCAUUGGCACAAUAUUAAAAGUACAUAAACAAAUCGGAGUGACUUCACUACCUUAAAGAAGAAAAGCUGCUUAAUUGUUUCUAUUCUCGUUUUGAAGAAUUAAUUAUUUUCAAUGUUUUGUCGAACUUCAACAUGUUGGUUAUGUUUGUUGUAAUUUUUUCUUCAAUUUUUUUUGUUGUUUUGAGAAAGAAGAUCUUGUUGAGUUGAUAUUAUUCAUGUACUUUAUUCUUUAAAGUAAAAAUGUAAUUGAACAAAUCAGAGUAACUUCGCUACCUGAAGAAAGAAAGCUGCUUAAUUGAUUCUAUUCUCGUUUUGAGAAUAAAUUAUUUUGAGUGUUUUAUCGAACUUCAUCAUGUUGGUUAUGUUUGUCGUAGUUUUUUUCUUCAAUUUUUUUG